CUUGAGUGUAUGCGUCAAGUCCAGCUGCAAGAUCAGGGAUGCACUUACUGCGAAGAAAUUUCUAGAAACCUUGCUGGACGCGCCAGUUCGUAACAAGACGCGGCUUGGAACACUGACGUGCCUGAUCGUGGGUGGAUCGGCUGUGGCAUUCUUCCUGUUACGAGUCAUCGCUCGACUGCCUAUCUUCGGAGGCAACUGGGGUGCCGAUGACUGGGUUAUGACGGUCGCUAUGGUGCUCAUUAUCCCAGAGACCAUCUGCGCGUACCUCUUGAACGUCCUUGGACUGGGCACAGAUAUGUGGUUCGUACCUUUCAACAACAUCACCAAGAUCUUGGAGAUCUUCUACUAUACCGAGCUCCUUUACCUGGCGUCCGUCGCACUGACGAAGAUCUCGAUCCUGCUCUUCUACCUGCGCAUCUUCCCGCAGAAGUCGCUUCGAAAGAAGAUCUAUUUCACGAUAGGGCUCUGCAUCGCAUACAUCAUCGCCUUUGUCAUAGCAACCGCGUUACAGUGUCUUCCCAUUCGCUUUGCCUGGGAGCGCUGGGACGGCGAGCACCACGGGAAGUGCAUCGAUCUCAAUGCAGAUGCGUGGUGCUCUGCUGCGGGCAACAUCGUGCUCGACCUGAUCGUCAUCCUGCUGCCGAUGAAACAGCUCAUGAAGCUCAAAAUGGACCGCUGGCGCAAGUUCGGCGUCAUGCUUAUGUUUCUGGGUGGUCUCUUCAUGCUGCGCCUCAAGUACCUCGUCCAGUUCGCCCAUACAGACAACGUUACCUGGGACUAUCUGCCUAUCGGAUACUGGUCGGCUGUCGAAACGCACGUCGGCGUCAUGGUCGCCUGUCUGCCUGCCAUCCGUGCCCUGCUCGGUUCCGUCCACCGAAAGCUCUUCCCCAAGCCCGCCUCCCAGCCAAGUUACUACGAAGACCACUCAAAGGACAGCAUGAAUAAAAGUAGUCGCAAGGACUCGAAAUCGCGUUUCUUCAGCUCGCUGGGGAGGAGUCGUGCUGACAAGGACGAGUUUGUUCAAUUGGACGGGUUUGAGACGAAGGCGGACGUGGAGGCGAAGGCCGGGCAGAACAUUCCGGCAUCGAGUUCGUUCGAGCAGUCAUUGUCUCGUUCGUUCAGGUCGAAUGAGGAUAUGCGCCCUUUAGCCAAUUCCGCAGCGCCGAUGGGGCAGCCACGGAAUGGCAUCCUCGUGCAGCAAGAGUACAGCGUUGAUAGGUCGACGGGCCUCUCCAGGCCAACAACAAGGUCGAGUGACCAGGCUUUAGCUUGGACAUUGGGAGGUCGUGUUUGAGCAGAGCAGAAUGGCAUUGAGAAACCACAACAUGACCACUAAAUCCCUCGUCUUCUCAGUCCGUGCUCGAGCUGAUCGU